AUGAGUGGUCACGACGAUUUGGUUGCAGAAGACACCCCAGGCUACAAUGUUGGCCAAAAGAAGACUCUUGAAGAAUACGCCCAAUUGGAUGCCAACGAUGAAUCUCUUAAGAAAUGGAAGGAAUCUCUUGGUAUUAGCACCGGCUCUUUGUUGCCUGUGGCUCCUGGUGACAACCGUAAGGUUGUUGUCUUGGAGAUGUCUUUGCUUGUGAAUGGAAAGGCUCCAAUAGUUGUCAACCUUGAACAACCAGGUGUGGCUGCGUCAUUAUCAUCGAAUCCUUUCAAGGUUCCAGAAAAGUCCCUUUACUCUUUACGUAUCAAGUUUAAGGUCCAACAUGAGAUCAUCACUGGGAUUAAGUACUUGCAAGGGAUUAAGAAAGCAGGUAUCAGAGUUGACAAAUUGGAAGAACCAUUGGGUAGUUACGCACCAAAUACUACUGACAAGCCUUUCUAUGAAGUGACAUUGCCUGAGAUGGAAGCCCCAUCUGGGUUCAUUGCUAGAGGUACUUACCAGGCCACCUCUAAAUUUGUCGAUUAUGACAAGACUACUCAUUUGACUCUCGACUGGGCUGUCAGUAUCACCAAAUGA